GGCAACGCCAUAGUUGAGAUACCAGCGGUUUCUCAGAUCCAGAUUUCUUCUCUGGGAAGAAUAUGAUGCUGUAUUGGUCUUAUAUAAUUGGGCCGGACAGAACUUGCAAACAUGGCUGAGACCGGUUGGGCGGAAAUGGAGUCCAUUUCCCAAAAUAUACAAAUUCUCCCCGCAGAUACCUUGACACGCAUUUGCAGAGGGCCGUUGGUCAAAUUCACCCUCGAAUGUCAAGAUAACCAGAAAGUGAAGACCCUAUGGCAAUCCCUCUUCCAAACGUUUGCAGAUGCGUCCACAUCAGCGUCUCACACGACGACCACCUGCAAUGCAGUCAGUGGCUUCCUGGAUGCGGCCUUACUGUCCAAGAAUCAUGAAACGCAAGAGAUUGCUUUGUCCAAAGAAACAUGGCUUUCUGUGUUUGAAGUAUACGUUGACCGUUUCGAGGACGCGAAGCCAAAGCCAAUGAAGCAAGUGCUGAAUUCUCUACUUAAGAUCCUUGCCAAGUAUACAGAUUCUGGCGAAGUCGAAGCUCUCCUUUCACGAGCAGGUGAGAUCAUAUUACCAAGCAUCAUCACAGGAGAGCCGCGCUCGCGCUUGAAGGUUUCACUUCUGUCACUGGAGAUCUUUGUACGGAAGAACGCUAUAUCUCCGUAUCAACUGAUGAACAUGGUCUCUAACUUUCUCUCGACUCAUGGUGAUCUUUGGAAACCUGUGUUUGAGCAGCAUCACGAGACAUGGAUAAGUGGUUCAGUCAUGAACCGAGAAGUCUCCGGAGAGCAAUACAGCAUCACCCAUGUCGCCAGGAUUUUUACGUUGGCUCUACUCAUUCGGGCAACGAGCCCGGAAAUUGCGUCUGCCUCCGGUGCUGUCUUGGCUUCUCUGUUGCAAAAGAUAAAAGCUGCUCUGCCAAGCAGCGAAAAUAUUUAUCUGGAUCCGACGAACUCAUUGCCCAUAUGGGUUGCUCCUACUAAGCAGAUCAUGCUGAGGAAUAUGGAUGCCUUGGAUACUAUGUCUAACCAUAUGUUGACUCCACUUUUCACAGUUGACUCUAGUGGGUUCCGUACUUUUAUCGAUCAAUUGCCCGUACAAAUCCUUCUGUCAGGUGACAUGACAGAAGCUCCGCUAGACCAGUUCACCCUACUUUUCUCGGCCUUGCAGAUUGGAAAGAAAGUCGGUCUAGUACACGAAGAUGGUGUCUUUGGGAAGGCAUCCACGGCCAAAAACAAUAACGAUGCCAUAUUGGUUAUCAAAAGUGAUACUCUGGGCCAAUUUUUGCUCCACCGAGAAGGGAGCAUUCGUGUAGCAGCCCUUUCUUUGCUUAUAACAGCAUCUUCCACAACGAAACCGAUUGGCUCGGAUGCCCUGCAGGCGAUCUUGUUUGGUCUACCAGCCCUACACGCAGACUCUGAUGCCCAGUCACGAGGCCAUAUUUUGACCUUGACUCGUCGACUAUUGGUCCGUUUACGUAGCGGGACUCAGAAGUCUGAUAAUCACGCAAAGGGGGCUGCACUCCCAGAGGUGGACGAAAACCCUCGUCGGCUGAAAAGGCGUCGAUCCGUGAACCAGAGCACAUAUGUCGAAGAAAUUAGAUUCGAUUCCCGAGAAUUUCUGGAGAGAUAUGUGUCAUUCCUGGAAAGAGAUCUAGAGCCAACUGCUUCCUACCAGCGUCACAUAAUGGCUUUAAAAGCCCUCGCUCUUGUUCUGCAGUCCAGACUCGACUCUCGUGUCAAUGCACCCCCUAUAAUGAAGUCGGAGAAAGAUGUCCUUCCUUGGCGUUUCAGUCUCGAUAUUCUUCGCCCGCGUCUGCUUAGACUCUUGGUCGAUCUUUUGCUGGACCCUUUUGAGGAAGUUCGAGCUACUUCCUUGUCUAUCUUGGCCAUGUUCCCACUCGAUUCGUCGCAGAUAGCGCUGGCACAUGAUAAGGAAAGCCCAAUGUCACAGCUAAUUGAAGCAUUGACCAAAGCGGAGCAUCUGGCAAGCAGCACCAGUAGGGCUGAUCAUGCCGAUGCGGUUGCCCGUCUGUACCAUGUCGUCUUUUCACUCGCCGCAGUUGGCUCUGAUGCAUCCUCUCCAUACUGGUACAGAAGCAAAUACGGUGUUGUGAAUUUCAUUCUGAAAAAGCUUGAAGGGAAGCUGUUGCAUCCAGGUGGUCUUUUCAAUUCUUCAAUGCGCGAUGCGCCUCUUCACGGUUAUAUCUCUGCUCUCAGAUAUAUCGUGGCCACCUCUAACUUCUAUUCUGAGGUAUCAGGAACGGAGGAUAAGGAAUAUACGUCCUGGAAAGCAGUGCACGAUAGCAUAGUGUCAUUCUGUGAUAGAAUAUGGAUGGCAGUGAAACCAGUGCUAUGUGUCGACUCGCCCGAAGGACACACUGACGAGCCUAUUGAAGACUUGGUUGUGGGACCAAAAGACAUAUUGUCUUACUCUUGGCGCGCGCUUCGGGAAUCAAGUCUCUUGCUGCAUGCUACUCUUGCCAAUUCCUCUUAUGCACCCUCUCAAGGAGGACUCAGUCGAACAGACUACGAGACAAUUGGAAUGGCUAGUUUUACUCAGUUGGCCGAACUAAGGCAUCGUGGCGCCUUCUCCACUGUAUCGCAGACCUUUUCCACCUGCUGUCAGCGAUGCGGGGAGUCGAGCGAUCCGUCCAUCUCCAGCCUUCCUGCUGGAUGGUAUAUGCAAGCGAGAAACAUCAUAGAGGAGCAAGCCUCUAAAUUAACCCGGCGUUCUGCAGGAUUACCUGCUCUGGUUACCGGUAUUUUAUCAUCUAAUCCAGGAGGGCCCUUAUUUCAGCAAGUCAUGACAGAACUCCAAGACAUCUCUCGACUGCCUGCCACGCAGGAUGCCACAAGUUACGAGAUUAAGUUGCCUCAAGUACAUGCCAUGAAUUGUCUGAAGGAUAUCUUUACAGACACUAGAUUGGGCCCUCAUACGGAGCCCUUCAUCAUGUCCGCGUUAAGGAUAUCAGCUGAGUGUAUAAGUUCCCAGAUCUGGGCCAUUCGAAAUUGCGGACUGAUGCUUUUCCGCGCAUUGCUGAUAAGGAUGUGCCGUUCCGUCACUGGGGUUGGUCUGGGAUUCGGAGGCGUGUCCGGAUCCGAAAGCGGAUCCAGAAUUCCAUUUCAGAGAUACCCUGGCUUGAUAAACUUACUCUCCGGUCUUCUGACACCCGAAGGAGAAGGCAGUGAUGGAAAAGCCACAACAGCGACGGAACGCGUCUUCCCCGCCCUCGAAUUGAUCGGCGAAAAGGUGCCGUCGAUUUCUGGAGAUGAGGAUCGUGGAUUGAGAUCAUUGGUCCUGUAUCAUGCAAAGAGUCCAGUUUGGGCUAUAAGAGAACACGCUUCAAGAGUGUAUGCGUCUCUCUUGAAGCUGCCUGAGGUUCCAAGUGAACUCGGCAUUCUUUUGGAGAGCAAUGAAUCUUCAGGCCAGAACUACAUUCACGGAAAGGCGCUCUGUAUUCGGUUUGCUUUACAACGUUUGGAACUGUCGUUACUCGGCCACUGGAAUGAUCAACUUGAAGCGAUUAUGCGAAUUAUAAGCAAGGUAUUCACCACAAUGUUUCCUCUCGCGCAUUCUCCAUUCGUUCAAGCUGCUAUUCUUGAUAUCUUGAACGAUGCUAUUGAGAAAAGCAUGGAGUCAGGUAGUGAAGUUAUAACACUACCCUAUAUCAACUCCAUGCUCGAGACCAACGAUUUAUCUAGCAGACUGGAUCGAGCCCUUGUGGUAGCUCAUCCUUCUAUGGAGCCCAAGAGUGAGGCUAGGGCGUCAUCUCUGCUGCGAAGGUCUCUUGCUUGGACUUCAAUCUUGAAGCAAAUCUCGUCGGUGAAGUCUGAGCCUCACUGGUUGUCACAGCUGCUUUUUCGAAUUUCAGCAGUGGACCCAGACAGCGCUCGCUGGCUGUUGGAACAAAUGUCUAGGGUGUUCGGAAACAAUGCAACAUAUAAAAAGCAGCUUCUGGAUCUCUGCACAUAUGCCAUCACAGAAAGUUUCCCGGAGUACGUGAAAGCAUGUGCAAUUACGACCAUGGCAGCCAUCCUCGAGGGACUCCUAGAAACGGACUCUAGUAGCAUCUCUGAUUUCGAAGUUCCAUGGACCGCCAUCAGGGACAGCAUUCAAAUUGACUAUGAUGCACACACACAGAGCCGCGAAACAACAGACGCAGCAUUGCGGCUUCAGGGCUGCUUGCUUAUCCUUGAGGCUAGGAGCCUUGGUGGAUGGGAGUUAUCCAGAGACUUUACGUUGGGGCUACGUAAAUGGGCCAUUAAAGUUCAGUAUGCCAUGAAGGAAGAAACUGAAUUUACCACCAGAUAUGCAGCGGUGCUGUCGCUAUCUAGCUUUUCGAGAGCUUUACGAUCGCAAACUGGGUCACCAAAGACCCCUCCUGCUGCUCUAGAUAUUUAUCUCAUACUGUACGACAUGCUUAAUGACGACGAUGAAGAACUCCGUGAGAUAUCGGCUUCUGUUGCUUCGCAGCUCCUGUCGUACUCGUCUGUUUCUCCUGGAAGGGCCGUGGCCCUAGCACCAUUGACUGCAAGUAAAUUACUUGCAGAAUUUAUCGCCGCUCACUAUAAGAACUCACAUCGCUUAUUCCGGGAUGCUGUUCGACGUGUCGUCGGCCAAGCAAUUGGCACUUCACAAGGGAGACUGGUUGCUGUCUCACAACUUGCGUCCGAAUACUUGAAGGAGAGCACUGUCCUCUUUGUGGAGGAGAAACAAAACCUCUACAUAGACGACAUUCGUGAAAUCGACAUUUGGACAGGAGUCCUUUUUGGCCUGGAAGCAGACGCUUCAGACCCCGCUAUCGUUCAGGACUUCUCUGGCUGGGUGAUGGGGGGAUUGUCCUAUCUCACACAGCUUGCGUGCUCCUCGAAAGAUGGACUCUUGGGAUGGGCAUCGAAGACAGACAUGUUCGUGCUAGGAACGCGGGUCCUCAGCGCUGCUAGAUUCUUGGUGUCGCAGAGUUCCGCGGCGGUAGGGCACAGGGAAGAGGACAGACUUACAUUGAAGCAAAAGGUGCAAUCAUUCCUCGAGGCUGGACGCUCUGCCAACUUACACGAUGACUGGCUCUCUAAGAUGGAGUCGGCUCUUGCUUCAUCAGCAGUAUGAUAGAUGACAUAGAUCGAAUUGGCAUAAAAUGUAUAGUCAACCGGGUAGAAUAAAGACCCUGAUUUCACAUGAGAAAUGUUCAUUACAUUUGCGCUGCUGCGGCCGCCACAAAUGUGUUAUAAACAACUUUUGAUAGUGGGCACCCCCGAAACCUAUGUUGACG